AUGAUCGGAAGAGCACACUUCUCAUUUGAUGAACUUAUCACAGCACUCACUGAAAUUGAAGCAGUAAUUAACUCAAGACCGUUGUCCUACAUCUCUGCUAGUGACAUAGAGGAACCACUCACCCCUUCUCAUCUGUUGGUGGGACGAAGAAUUCUUAACCUACCAGAUUACCUCGGACACCUAGCAGAUCCAAGUGAUGACGACUUCACAGUGGAUCCCAUGCUACUUAUAUACAAGAUGCAUGAAGCAUCUCAACAAUACAUUGAACCACUUUUGGAACCGAUGGAGAACCAAUACCUCAAUGACCUGCAACCAUGGGACCGGGUGCCGACACGAAAGACUCGGGAGAAGGACAAUCCCGGCCUUGCCAUUGGAAAACUUGUCAUCGUUCAUGACGAACAUUUGCGUCGUGGUCUAUGGAAGCUCAGAAGGAUACAAAAAACAAUCAAGGGUCGCGAUGGACAAAUCAGAGGUGCGGAGGUCAAGGUGGUGAAGAGAGACAGACAGCAAGAUUUUAUUGCGCCGCCCAAUUCAAUUGCUCUAUCCACUCAAGGUGUUUCAUCCAAACCCUCCAGCUACCAUGACCGAUCCAGAGAUAUCAUCAGGAGAUAUUUCGCCACCUGA